UGGAAGUUAAAGUCGAGAAAGUGGAUCGCGAUCGUCCCCCCCCAGACGAAAAUGGUUCAUUCCACAAAAAGGUUCAUUCAUAAAAAAGCAAAGGAGGCGACCGAGCAUCAAGUGAGUCAGAAGCGAGUAGGGACGCGGGGAGUCUGGGAAGCCAGGGACCCACUCAAUACUAGCGAAGACAUGUUCCGAGACUUCGGGGAAGCUGGGCCCAGUUCCGGGGGCGGCUCGUACGGCGCUCCUCAGCAGCCGCCCACCACUUCGGGCCAGCAGAAGUUCCAUUUCGCCCCCACCCUCAACACGGUCAGCAGCAGCCAGGAAUUUCAGUGGAUGACGCAGCCCCGAUACUUGGGACCCGGUGGCAGUUACCCCAGACCUCUCCCUUACCAGCCCUAUGGCCUCCAGGGCCGACCUGGAGUCAUUCGUGCUGUGGGGCCUCCACCUGGGGUUCGGAGGAGGCACGGCGAACAGAUAAGUCCAGAGGAGGAGGAGAGGAGGAGGGUCAGGCGGGAGAGAAACAAGCUGGCAGCAGCCAAAUGCCGGAACAGGAGGAAGGAGCUAACUGACUUCCUGCAAGCAGAGACAGACAAACUGGAAGGAGAGAAGUCUGAGCUACAGAAAGAGAUCGAAGACCUGCAAAAGCAGAAAGAGCGGCUGGAGCUGGUUCUGGAGGCUCACCGGCCUGUGUGCAAGGUCCCCAGUGAGUCGGGGGAAGAGGCUGAGCCAGCAGAGAGGGCCUCAGGCAGCGCCCCUGCUCCUGUCCGUCGCCGGCCCCAAAUCUCCCUCUCCCCUGGUCCUGUUCUGGAGCCAGAGGCCCUGCACACGCCCACUCUCAUGACCACCCCCUCCCUGACCCCCUUCACUCCCAGCCUGGUCUUCACCUACCCAGGGACCCCAGAGCCCUGUGCCACUGCCCAUCGUCGCAGCAGCAGCAGCAGUGGGGACCCCGGCUCGGAUCCCCUGGGCUCUCCCACGCUUUUGGCCCUCUGAGCCUCCAAGAGCUCGUCCCCUUUACCCUGGCCCAGCCAAUCUAGGCCACCCCCUUCUUGUUUGGCCCCCAUCUCCACCCUGUUCUGCAGGGUCCAGGACACAAAUAGAGAUGUCCUGAGCAUCUUGGGGACCAUGAAGUCUCUCCAGCCACCUCCCUGGGCUCAGGCUGACACUGAUCCUAUUCAAGGCAAGGAACAUUGAAGUGCCUACUAUGUGCAGGAACUCCUACUGUUGCAGGAGCUCUUGGGACUGCUUCCCUCCCCUGACACACAGCUCAGAGCUCCAGGGCCAAGUCGCCUGCAUCCCUGUCCUCUGGGGCUGAUUGCUAAUCUUCCUACAAGGCCCUGACCCCCUUCUGAGCUAUCACUGCCUCCUAGCCCCUCGGCUCCACAGGCUCCACAUGGGACCAACGUCCUCCCCUGCAGCUCCAGGCGUCCAAGAGAACACUAAACACAAAAGCCCUUCUUCCCAGCAGCAUAGGUGAUGCGGAGCACCCCGCCCCUCCCCACCCCCACUGCCUUGCUCUGGUGCCCUUCUCACUGGGCAGGCC